AUGAGGCGGAGGCGCGUGGAUGGGGGCUUGGCUUCAGAAAUAACCUUCUAUCCUGUGGGGGGAGAGCUGAAGCCAAGCCGGCCACAUCGAGGCGCCACAAGACAAAUAAGGGGCCGACUUGAUAUACAAGACAUGAUGCCAUUGCAAAGCAAGAUACCUCACCAGGGAACAAUUAAUUCCAAAUUGAUGUUACCGACCUCAACUGCUGUGGGAUUUCUCACUGCUUCAGAUUCCCUGCCAAACUCGGGCUGGGUCUACCAGCCUGUCCCAAGAGGUGCCGGGCUCGUAGGGCUGGUAGGACACCAUCAGAGCUUGGGAAACUCAUGA